UUCUGGACUUCUCCAAAGGCGGCGCUGGAGGUGCAACACACAGCAGUAUAGCUUAACAGAAAAGAGUUCAUCCCCUCCAUGAGUGAUUUGGGUCAGUGGGGGAGGAGGGAGACUCCACAUCUGUUCCACACUGCUGAGAUGGACGUCGGCGAAGCUGGACCACGCCACAUAAGUGGGCCACGGCGAGGGAUGCUGAUGAUGUUUCCGUGGAUUAUCCUGUGCUGCAGCUCUCUGUGGCUGGUGGUUGAUGGCCAGAUGAAGAUCUCACCGGAGACUGUGCAAAAGUGGGCAGAGUCCUUCGGCAAAGAGAUAGCCGCCCUCUCCACCAAAUACUCCGGAGCUAAACUGCUACAAAAAAAAUAUAAGGACGUGGAGGGCGUGCUGAAGAUUGAGGAAGUGGACGGCGAGGAGCUGGUGAAAAAGUUUGCAGAGGAGAUGGAAGAGAUGCUGGGGAGGAAGAUGAAAUCUGUCAAGAGGUUAGCAGAAGCAGCUGAGGAUGCCGAUCUGUACCACGAGUACAACGACACGCUGGAGUUUGAAUACUACAACUCCAUGUUGGUCAACAUGGUGGACGAGGACGGCAAUUCACUGCCUCUCGGAGGAGAAUUCCCGCUGGAGGCCAACGAACACUUCAGCAAACUGCCCGUCAACACGCAGCAGAGCAACAUCCAAGUCCCGACUAACGUCUACAACAGAGAUCCAGAUAUCCUCAACGGAGCGUACAUGUCGGAGGCUCUCAAUGACGUGUUCAUUGACAACUUCCAAAAAGAUCCCACGCUUACCUGGCAGUACUUCGGCAGCUCGACCGGCUUCUUCAGGCUCUACCCGGGAAUCCAGUGGAUCCCAGACGAAAACGGGGUGGUCACGUUCGACUGCAGAAACAGGAACUGGUACAUCCAGGCUGCCACCUCCCCUAAAGACGUGGUCAUUGUAGUGGACGUGAGCGGCAGCAUGAAGGGGCUCAGACUCACCAUAGCCAAACACACCAUCAACACCAUAUUGGAUACGUUGGGAGAGAACGACUUUGUCAACAUCAUCGCCUAUAGCGACUACGUCCGCUACGUGGAACCGUGCUUCAAGGGAACGUUGGUACAAGCUGAUCUGGAUAACAGAGAGCAUUUCAAGCUCCUGAUUGACGAGCUCCACGUGAAAGGCGAGGGCAAAGUGAAGAACGCAAUGAAGGAGUCCUUCAAGAUCCUCAAUGAGGCUGCAGCGCUGGGCCAGGGCAGCCUGUGCAACCAGGCCAUCAUGCUGAUCACAGACGGCGCCAUGGAAGACUUCCAGGACGUUUUCGAAGAGUUCAACUGGCCAGAACGGCGGGUUCGAGUGUUCACUUAUCUGAUUGGACGAGAGAUGACGUUUGCCGAAAAUGUCAAAUGGAUUGCCUGCAAUAACAAAGGCUACUACACACAUGUAUCCACGCUAGCUGACGUGCAAGAAAAUGUCAUGGAGUACCUGCAUGUUCUCAGCAGGCCCAUGGUCAUCAACCACGACCACGACAUCAUCUGGACUGAGGCCUACAUGGACAGUGUGUUACCAAGCACUAAAGAGUUGUUCAACAGUCAAGCUCAGAGUUUGCUCCUGAUGACCUCGGUGGCCAUGCCGGUGUUCAGCAAGAAAAAAGAGACGCUGUCUCAUGGAAUUUUGCUGGGAGUUGUGGGGACGGACGUCGCGCUGAGAGAACUGAUGAGAUUAGCGCCCAGAUACAAGCUGGGUGUCCACGGUUACGCCUACCUCAUCACAAACAACGGCUACAUCCUGUCUCAUCCUGACCUUCGACCUCUGUACAAAGAGGGGAAGAAGCUGAAGCCCAAACCCAAUUAUAACAGCGUGGAUUUGUCCGAGGUGGAAUGGGAGGACAUGGAAGAGAUGCUGAGGACGGCCAUGGUCAAAGGAGAAACCGGUACCUUGUCCUUAGAUGUGAGAACUUCAGUGGACAAAGGAAAACGAGUCAUGUUCCUGAAAAAUGAUUACUUCUACACCAGCAUCAACGAGACACCUUUCAGCCUUGGUAUCGUACUAACAAGAGGAAAUGGACAGUAUAUAUUCAUUGGAAACGUCUCAGUUGAAGAAGGUCUUCAUGAUUUAAUAGCACCUGAUUUGACCAUAGCCAGCGAAUGGACCUACUGUGAGACCGACAUCGACCCGGCGCAUCGCAAAUUGAGCCAGCUGCAGGCUGUGGUCAGAUACCUGACGGGCAAAGAACCAGACCUGGAUUGUGACGUGCAACUCUUGCAGCAAACUCUUUUCGACGCGGUGGUGACGGCGCCCAUGGAAGCUUACUGGACGGCCCUCAUGCUCAACGCGGCCGGUAUGGAUGAGGGCAUGGAAACUGCCUUCCUGGGUACUCGCUCCGGUCUGAUGAGGUUCCAGCGAUACAGUGGCAUUGAAAAGAGAGUUGGCAAGUCCUUUCUGACAUCCACGGACAAGGAGAACAUGUUCACGUUGGACCACUUCCCGCUGUGGUACCGCCGGGCAGCCGAGUACCCUGCUGAACAGUUUCUGUACUACAUGCCCCGACAGGACACCAGAGCCGGAAGGAUCGUGAUCGCCACCACUGCCAUCACUGUGACAGUGGGCAAGAAAACAGCCAUCGCUGGAGCCAUUGGUGUUCAGAUGACUCUGGAAGCGAUGGAAUCCAGAUUUUGGGCCAUUGCAUCACAGCCAAACGACACUGAUUGCUCGGCCGUGGAGGGAGUGUGUCCACUUCGCUGUGACAGCUUAGACAUGGAGUGCUACGUGAUUGACAACAAUGGCUUUGUCCUCAUUUCCAAGCAGCGUGCCGACGCCGGCAGGUUCUUUGGCGAGGUUGACGGAUCUGUCAUGACCACACUCAUACGAAUGGGCAUGUUCAAAAGGGUGUCGCUGUUUGACUACCAGGCCAUGUGCAAGAUGAGCGUACACUCCAUCAGCAGCGCACGGCCUCUUCUUAGCUCGUUCUAUGGCUUGGCAGCCGCUUUCAAGUGGUUCCUGUCCAACUUCUUCCUCUUUCUCCUUGAGUUUAACAUCUGCGGAUUCUGGCACACGGAGCACUUUGCAGACGCCAAGCCAUCUACCCGCACGUCCUUUAUACACAAGAAGAAGGGGGACAUCCUGCAGCCGUGCGACACCGAGUACCCCAGCUUCGUCUACGAGCCGUCAGUCAAAGAGACCAACAGCAUCAUUAAGUGUGGACGCUGCCAGAAGACGUUUGUGGUGCAGCAGAUCCCGGAGAGCAACCUUCUGAUGCUGGUGGUCCAGGCCGACUGUGACUGCUCCAGACAGCACUCCCCCAUCACCAUGGAGCCCAAGGAAGUCAAAUAUAUCUCCUCAGUCAAAUGUGAGCGGAUGCGGUCCCAGAAGAUCCGCAGACGCCCCGAGUCCUGCCACGCUUACCACCCUCAGGAGAACGCCAACGACUGUGGAGGAGCAUCCGCCACGUCCUUUUCUGCCUUUCUCGUCCUCUUUUGUCCCCCCAUCGCCACCUUUCUCUCCCUAUGGUGACCCAUUCUGUCGCUGGACACCACAAGUGGAUUUAUUUUGUAUAUCGAAGGGUGCGUUCACGCUUGUUGUGUUUUGUUUGUGCGAACAGGAACGCUGCUGAGUUCGCUGUGUGAGUACAUGAUCAAUCGAACCCAAUCACUACAGCAACCAAAGACACGGACCAGUGCUAAAAUGACAGGAAAAAGCAUGCAAAAAGGACAAAUAUGUAUUAUCAAAAUGCACCAAAGUAUACACCAAGUUUCAUUCAUUCAUUUUCUACUGCUUUUCCUCACGAGGCCAAUCACAGGAGACAUAUAGACAAACAACCAUUCACACUCACAGUCAUACCUUGGAGUCGCCAAUUAACCUAGCAUGUUUUUGGAAUGUGGGAGGAAACCGGAGUACCCGGAGAAAACCCACGCAUGCACUGGGAGAACAUGCAAACUCCACACAGAGAUGGCCGAGGGUGGAAUUGAACACUGGUCUCCUAGCUGUGAGGUCUGCGCGCUAACCACUUGACCGCCGUGCAGCCUGAUCAAUGAUAUAAUAAUGAUUAAGUUUAUUUUUUGUUAUUUUUGGUCUGGACCACAAGCGCGAACGCAUUUUUGACCUCGUUUUUGCAAACUACAGUAAAAUUGACUGCUGUUGCCAUGGUUACCGCUCCUUUAGUUACUUUCCUUGCAUGUCAAAAUCCAAAUGAAGGAGAAGCAGGUGGCUGCUGUAACUCACGGUGAUGAAUUAUGAAUCACAUGAGCGAAUGUAAUGACUUUUUGAUUUACCUUCACCCCCUCUCAGAUUCGCAUAUGGCCACGCUGUUUAUUAUGGUCUGUUGAUUGUCUAUAUACAGGUGCAGCUCAAUAAUUUAUUGCAGAAUAUAGAUAAGAGUAUAUUGAUUUUCGGAGUUCAAUUUAGAUUAACACCAAUCAGUUUUUUUUCCGAGAUACUGAAUAUGGAGAUUUUAUUAGCUGUAAACUAUAAUCAUCAAAAUUAUUAAUAAAUAUAUAUCAUAAAUAUUGAUCAUAUUUCACUUUCAGUUGAAUUACUGAAAUAUAUUACCUUGUUAAAGAUACUAUAUGUAUUCCAAUUUAUUGAGAUGCACCUCUUUUUCUCUUUUUUUAAAAUUAUUAUUAUAAUAUUAAUAUUAUCAUAAUAUUAUUAUAAUAAUAUAAAUUAUAUAUUAUAUAAAUCAUAUAAAUUAUUAUAAUCAUAGAAAUAAUAUAAUAUUCUUAUUAUAUUAUUUAAUAAUUUUAAUAAUUAUAAAAUUGUUUUUAUAAUAAUAAUUAUUGUUUAUUAUUAUUAUUAUUAUUAUUUAUUAAAGUGGACCUAUUAUGCUAAUUUUCAGCUCUUUUAAUUGAGUUAUGGACUCCUAGAGAGCAUCUACAUACGAUAACUCACACAGAAAGCUUUCUACAUCUUCUAGAACCUGCACCUAUUCCAGCUUUAUUUCCUUUGAUUCAAAAACUUCAAGAAAGUUGCUAAUGCCAUCAAUUUGAAUUCAUAUCAGACACACUAAACUGUCAGUUUUCAUUGAUUCCACACAUGGCCCGCCUCCGGACACGCCCACUCCGCUGUGAUUGGUCCAAUUCAGCUUGUACAGCUCAGAGCUUGUGCUCAUGCACGCCUAUAUGAGGGUUCAACAACAUUUAUAGGUCGGACAAGCGGAAAAAGGAUAGUAAAAAUAUCUAACAAUAUUUUUGUAUACUUCUACUCAUUCCAUAUACUUUUUUUGUUGACGUUGUUGCAUGUGUUUACCACAAAUUGCCUGACUGCUGAUCCAUCUCUAAUGUGUAAACAACCAUCAACCAUGUUUAUUAACUUCUCUGUUUGUCUUUCCGCUUCACAUUAUUGUACUGUAUGCAAUCUAUAUUGUACAAUGAUUGACAAAGCCAUUAUUUAUACAUUAAAGUAUCUCCAUGUUUUUUUGUACGUCGUUUGGU